AUGGGCGAAAAAAUACACACCAAUCCGGCUAACUCUAUUAAGCGCAACUCAGGCAAACCUAGCUCAACCCGCCCUGUCGCAGUGACUUCUUCUGGUAGUGGCUCUAGUGGUGGUGAUAUAUCCAAUAGUUCUCUUAGUGAUCAUGCUUUUGCAGGUCCGGAGGAAAACAUCUCUUCAUUGAACUCACCAUAUAACCCUGAAAAAUCCAUUAAACCGGAGGCAGUAACUUCUGCUUUAAAGGGCUCUAAAAAGGCCUUCACUACUGGCAGUUGCUACUUCCCAACUGUUACGUCAACUGCAUCGCCAGAUCUUCCAGAGGCUUCCACGCAUUCCAGCUCUGAGUCUAGUUUAAAUUCGAGUCCCUCUCUCAAAGAGGAGUCCUCGGCCCCCAGUUCUUGCCGGAGCCGUCGACCUAAUCGAAGACGAAUAAGUCAGCUGCUUCUUGACAAAGGCGACUCAAAUGCGAUGGAUUCUGGCCAAACUCAAGCUUCACAACCUCUUGAUGCAGUAAAAGCUGAAUCGACUGAUCCGAUUGCAGAAGAUGCUAAGCUAUCAGCUGAAAAAGACUCACCCGCUAAAUCGUCGGUGAAAAUGAUUUCUCAGACUGAAGACAUCGCAAAGAAACACGUGGCAAAGCAUCGCCCGACCGACCUGCUUUCGGAUGAACGAUUUGUUCAAUCUACAAAGCAACUGGGCAGCCAAAUGAAUCCAAUUGAUAAAUUUUAUUUGCCACACCUGGUUGUGUAUGUUGUUGUUGUAAUUGUAGAUGAUGCUAUUGUUGCUCUUGCUGCGCAUUUUGUCCAAGUAAUCAAAGUACCUGGCGCCGUAUAG